AUGAACGGAGGAACCUGCAUAAGUGGUGUUGACAGCUACACAUGCUACUGUUCAGCGGCAUAUAUUGGAGUUAACUGCCAGAUCCAUAUCGACGAAUGCAUCUCAGACCCGUGCCAAAAUGGCGGCAUAUGUGUGGACGGUCUCGCACAAUAUAUGUGCCAAUGCCCAUCUGGAUAUACUGGAACGGACUGUGAAAUUAAUAUCAAUAUAUGCAUUUCGUUCCCUUGUCAAAAUGGCGCCACCUGUGUUAACGCCAAUGGAGGUUAUAUUUGUGAAUGUAUUCCCGGUUUCACUGGAGUAGACUGCGACACGAAUAUAGACGAGUGUCUCGGCCUACCUUGCCUUAAUUCUGGAUCAUGCUUAGAUGCACAAAUUGGUUACUAUUGCGUAUGCCCAGUGUUCUAUACAGGACAAAAUUGUGAGAUUGAUAUCAAUAUAUGCAUUUCGUUCCCUUGUCAAAAUGGCGCCACCUGUGUUAACGCCAAUGGAGGUUAUAUUUGUGAAUGUAUUCCCGGUUUCACUGGAGUAGACUGCGACACGACUGGAGAGCCUAUCCUAACUGGUUAUUGUAACGAACAGGUGUUCGGCUACUCCUGGACCAUUGCUGUAAACUGCAGAGGAUUCCGUGGGGCACUGGAACUUUUAGAAGAAAUACUCGAGGAAGGAAUCACAGAAGAUAAUCUCGAAGAGAGUGCCUACAGGGUGGCUAUCAUCACUAUGCAUUCAGAGGACUUCACAGCCCUUGAGGCAAAUCUCGUUGCUGACAUCAUGGAGAGUAUUGCCUGGUGGAACUCUAGUAACUAUAAUUACUGA